AUGGAGAACGGACGCUCGUUGUCCAUUGCUGAGCUCGUCGCACGCGUCUCUGACACCACAGCACCGCCACGCACUAACGUUACCUGUCUGCUGCAGCUCAAGACCGUUGUGGAGCAGUGUCCGACUUUGGAGUCUCCUGACGACGCCAAGUUGCUCAAGCAGCUCGAGACCGACCUCUUGUCUGGACACUGGCAAGUUACUGAAGGCGAUGAUGACGAUGACAUGUCGGAGCUUCAUGUUGCCAAGUGGCACUUCCUCACGAGCUUCUUGCGCGUGCAUCAUGAAGCAGCAGCAGGUCCUGUUUCCGAGCCACAGCUGCAGUCGGUGCUAAGCCUCAUGGUGACGGAUCGGUUCGUGUCGAUUGACGUCUUGGCUGCUAUGGCUGAAUGGCUACUGCAGCUCAACAGUUACGACGAGUCAGCGGCUUCUUGUCGUGUUGAUCUACUGGACGUGAAGGUGGGGCGAGACGACGAGAAGGAGACGACGUACUUGGAGCUCAUUAAGCACAUGUACGUGACGCUGACGGACUGUGGUCGACGACAGAGACUUGCGAAGAUGGUGCAGAAGGUCAUGGUCACAAAGGAACAUGCCAAGCAGCUCGUGAGGGCCGGAGUGCUUCGCAGUUUCUUGCAGGUGGCAUUGGAGCUGGCUGAAGAUGACGUUUGUGCUGUGCUGCUCGAGCACUUCAACAUGGUCGGGACACAAGUCGCAUCGCUUGUUUGUUUCCAAGCAGCAGCGUCAUCGUUGGCAGCAACAGCAGGUGCGAAGAACGUGAGACUGGCGGAGACAAAGCGACGAGCGAGUUGCGACCUCGUUGUGAAGCUGAUGCUGAGCGGGGUGUCGCUUGUCUUUGCCGAUGCAGUCCGGAUGCUGCAGUUGUUGAUUGACAAUGAACGCUGUCGGGUCUUGCUCUCCAUGGUGCCUGACCUGCGUGGUGCCCUGGAAAAAGCACGUGCACUAGCAAGACAAAAGAACAGCAAACUGGAGCGCAACGAGUACCUGAGAGAGCUCUGUGAAACGCAGUACAAACGUCUUGUGCCGGAGAUUGACGCCUUCGAGCGCGAACAUGAGAGCGUUGUCGGGUUGCCUUCAGACGCCGAAAUAGGUCGAAGUGGCGAUGAUAAUCUCGAGAACCCGGGGCUGGAAUCGGCGACGACGUGCAAAGCGCAAGGCAAUGCGUUUUUCCGCCGAGGAAACUAUGCCACUGCCCACGCUUUCUACCGGCAUGCGAUCGCGGUGCUCCGAGCUGCACAGCUUCGAGAAGAGACCUCGCUGGAACUUCUGUCCGUCGACGAAAUGCUAGCGCGCUGUAGUAUCGGAGCCAGUGUGCGGGUCCGUUCGCACCAUGGCAACGACUGGCAGGAUGCAAUGGUCGCGGAUGUUGAACAGACCGGCGCGUCCAGCCAAGUGGAGGUGAUGUACGACGCAGACGGCCGAGAUGACGAGUGGGUAGCGAUUUCGCGUAUCCGACUGCGCAUGAACACAGCGCUGUUGGCUGCGUUUGACGACCUCGCGGUGGAUUGUUUCAUGAACAUGGGCAAAGCGUUAUCUGCUCUCGGUAACCACAACGAAUCCGUUCAGUGCUUCACCCAGGCGUUGGCUCUUCGUGGCGGCAAGCUCGUCUCCGCGCUAUACUUCCGUGGGGUAGCCAACAUAGCUCGUCGCGAUCUCACAGCCGCGCAUCAGGAUCUCCGGAAUGCUGAUCAACAGUGCAGAACGCAGCAGAAAAACAGCACAAGCGGCGGCACAAGUGAACGCAAUACCAAAGACGCCCAGCAAAUGCGGGCCUUGCACAAACUGAUCGUGGCUGCAUACAAGAAGCUUCAGCACAUGCACGCAAACAAGAAGCGCAUGGACAAGAAGGCGAUCAAGCAGAUGCUGAAGUACUUGUCCACUAUCCCUGGCCUGCAAGAUGAGUAG